UUCAACGAUAUAAAAACGCACUGUCCUGGCUGUUAUACACUCUAUAAUAUUCGUUUAAUAAUUAUACAGGAGAUUGCGCAGAUUAUAGGAAAAAGUCGAAUAUUAAAAAAUAAAGAGAAACAAGUUAAAGAGCGGGAAAUGAGAACAAAGAACAAUGAAGAGGAUGGGGGAAGAGCUUUCAAAUGUAAGUUCGCAUUCAUUGGCUCUCCUUCUGACCCGUCAAACUCUGAGCUGACCAAUAGAAACAUUUGAGAGGUUGGGCCAACAAUUCAACAUCCAAUCAGAGCACGGGCCCUGUUUGUUAAACAUUUACAUAGAGCUAGGGAUAAAUAACCCUGCACGCUAUCCCUCGAUUAUUCAGUUUCAUUUGAUAUUUGAAGCAUCAUCAUGCCUGAGCCAGCAAAGCCCGCGCCCAAGAAGGGCUCAAAGAAAGCCGUCACCAAGAGCGCCGCCAAGAGUGGAAAGAAGCGCAGGAGGUCCAGGAAGGAGAGCUACGCCAUCUACGUGUACAAAGUCCUGAAGCAGGUUCAUCCCGACACCGGCAUUUCUUCAAAGGCGAUGGGCAUCAUGAACUCUUUCGUCAACGACAUCUUUGAGCGCAUCGCCGGUGAGUCUUCUCGUCUCGCUCACUACAACAAGCGCUCCACCAUCACCUCGAGAGAGAUCCAGACCGCCGUGCGGCUCCUGCUGCCCGGUGAACUCGCCAAACACGCCGUGUCUGAGGGAACAAAGGCCGUCACCAAAUACACGAGCUCCAAGUAAAGCCGAGAGUACCCAAUCUGAACCCAAAGGCUCUUUUAAGAGCCACCCACAGUUUCCAGAAAAGAGCUUCUGUUCUUAAAGUUCACUUGUGGUGUGUGUGAUGUAGACAAAUUAACUUCGUUAGUUGCUCUAGUUAGCAAAAAUAAGGUUAAUUUGCUAUGCAAUUUAAAACUGCUCAAUAAAUUGUUUAAUGUAUACACAUACAGAUCAAUAAAUUAGAUCAGCAGAAAUGUAUACUCACUUUUUGAACUUGGUGUCAGUUUCUCAGACAUUUAUGCCUUGAUGCCAAGAAGCCUGGCAUUUAUUUUGCUUUCUGUCCCCAGAUGGCAGCAGUCUUCCCAAAUGCUUGAUAUUCUUUACACAUUUCCGGUUUUGCCUAUAUUACUGAAGGAAAGUAAAAUUAAGUUAUUUAAUGCAAGAUCAGUUUAUUAUAGUAUUUUUGUAUAAGAACUUAUGAUUUGUUAGAGAUUUUAAACUUGAUAUAAAAUAAUAUUUGGAUUAAAUAAUUUCCCAAAUUGUUUCCACUUUUCCAAGACUGUUUCAAACACUUACAGUAUUUCUCAUUACAUCUCAGUCAGCCAAACUAUAUUUGUUUUUAGCUCAUUCAU